AUGCUUCCAACUCAAAAAGUUUGUGCUGCAUGUAAACUGUCUACUCAUAAAUGGAGCAACAGUAAGCUCUGUCCCAUGAACAAAAAAAACCGGGCUCUCUUGAUCCCUCAAAAGAGAACCAGCAAUAAUCUCUCUGCUCAAGAAGAAUAUCAGGCAGAGAGUAUUAGAGCUGGUGUUUCAAGACCAAGGGUUGAAGCUGUUCAGAAUUCUGUGAUACUUACUGUGGCAGAAAUCAAUGCUCUCUUCCGUGCUGCCCAAUAUUCCGCAGAGAAUCUAACUGCCGCUUUUGAGGCUUUGCAAGUUUCUGAUGUUGAGAGAGUCUUGGAUUUGAUUACCACCACUGCCACUGCUACUGCCACUGCCACUGCCACUGCUACUGCCACUGCCACUGCCACCGUUAUUCCCUGCUGUUCCAGCUGUAAUGGAAUUGGCCACCAACAGAGUAACAGCUUGCACCUGGCAUACUACAGCCUCUGCAAUGAUACCCGCCUUAUAUUCAAUGACUUUGGCAUAUAUGUCAUCAAGGCUACCAUUGUAACUGGAUCAAGUGCUGAAAAGGUGGUGUUUAUCCCCAGAAUCAAGCUGAACUCAACUGGAUCGACCAUGUCCAUUGAGUUCAAGCGAUGUCAAUUUCCAGUCCGCCUUGCCUUUACCAUGACUAUCAAUAAGUUCCAAGGCCAGAUGCUUGACAAAGUUGGUCUGUAUCUUCCCGACCAUGUCUUUGGUCAUGGGCAGUUGUAUGUUGCUCUCUCUCAGGUCCGAACUCCAAACUCAGUAAAAAUCAUGCACUAUGAAUGA